AUGGGAUUUAAAAGCUUAUUGAAAUUGGAAGUUGAUGAGUUGCCUUCAUCACUUGGUUUAUUUGUUGUUAAAAGCUUUGAUAUAGAUAAAAAGGUACUAAAAGUUAUAAAUGGAGAAAUUAAGGUUGACAGACAAAGUGUGAAUGAGAUGCUUGGAAUUCCAAUGGGUGACCAAAAAGUGGAAGACCUUAGUUUUCGACCUGCAGAAGAUGAAUGUUACAGCAAAUGGAUAUCCCAAUUUCAUAAAGCAGAAAACAUUAGAUUGAAUGAUAUCACAAAUGUAAUUAUAUCAUCAAAAGAGGCUGAUUUCAACUUCAAACUCAAUUUCAUUGUUCUGUUUUGCAACACUCUAGUUGAAAGUACACCUACAGGUAAAAUCAAUCAGAAUAUAUUAAAGAAGAUUUCAAGCACCACAGAUUUUUCAAAAAUUGACUGGUGUAGUUACACAAUUGACUCAUUGAUUAAUAACACAAGGUCAUAUGUAUCACACAAUUGUAAAGGGUACUUCUAUGGUCCACUGACAUACUUGCUGCUAUUAUAUGUUGACCAUGUUCAAUUCGAUGAAGAAAAUGAUUUACGAUUACGUCCAGCAAUAAAAAAUUGGGAUUCUAUCAAAAUGAAAAAACGAGAAACUAGCGAAAUGAAAGUUGGAAUGUUUGGAACAGGAAAAAUUCUUGAAAGAUUGCAAAAUAUAACAGAUAAAAAGAUGAGAGUGCAGCACAAAUUUUACAAUAUAGAUGGAGAACCUGACAAUUUGGAAAUUACUCAAAAAGUUCAAACAACUUUGGAAAAUCAACAUCUUCCAAAAGCAUGUGUUCAAGUCGAGCAUAUCAUUGAAGGAGAAAGACUUCGUAAUCUUCUGAAUGAUUUGAGACAAUCAAAUUACAGUGAGCAAGAUAUCAUUUCGAUUCUUAAUAUCACCAAAGAACAACUUAAGGAAUUUGAUGACUUCUUUCAUAAAUCAAAAGAAAUCCCAAAGAAUAUGUCAGAAAAAGGAAUUGGUGAAGAAGAAAAGAAAGAAGAUAAUGAGGUCGAUAACAAAGAGCAUGUGGAUUACACAGAUGAGGUCCAUAAGACAGAGGAAGGAAGAUCUAGAAAAACUUCUAAAAUGAUCAGAACUAGAAAAACUUCUAAAAGGAUCACUGAGAACAAGUUAAAAAAAAUUGUAAUAGAAAAAAAAGGAAUAGGAAUGUCUAAAAACAAAGCUCUUGUUAUCCAGUAG